GUUCUUGGCCAGAACGCCACUAUCCAAGUGGUUAGCUGCCCAGCGUGUAGACCCAAGCGCGUCAUUUGCUAGCCAUGGCCAGCCCAGAGGGGUCCCCGGCAAAUCCUCAAGUGGCAACUUCUCGACCCGCCGGACAAUAGUGGGCCCGAAUGCACCUCCUGCCGUAGCUCCCUUCCCACUUGCACCGAUCAAUUUCAUUAAUGGCGGCGCAAUCCACUCGGCGAUGCUGCAUUAUGAUAGGUGCAUCCAGCUGGGUUUUGUUGCGACCGGGGGACGUCCCUAUGCUUCUCUAUGUGCCUUGCCCACUAGUCAACAUGUAUACCUACCGCAAGGACGUAACACCAUGUAUUUACGGCCUCCUGACUCCUGACAGUCCUGAGUCCCUGCUGGCUCUGGGGUUCCAAGCGUUUCAUGUUCCAAUCCAGUCCAGCGACACUGCGACAGCUUGCGACACAGGUGCUGGAUUUCCGCGCGUAGAAUGAUCCAGCUCAAAACUUAUCAUAAUGGUACAAAUCCAUGCGUGCACUCUAAGCGUACUCGAGCGCCACCCAAACUCUCAUAUCUCCGCCAAGCUUGACCGAUGCUGUCUAGCCUGGUCUAGCCUGCAAUGGGUAAAACCACGAAACGUAGCAAGAUGGAUAGUGAAAUACUUCCAGACUGGUCGCGGCUCACGCCUGAGCUCAUCGAAGAGAUUGCCGCGCGCUUGCAUCCGAACGCGGUCGCAAGCAGCUUCAAGCCUCUGUCCAAGGAGACCUCUGCAAUCCUGCGCAAGUCUGACAGUACUUAUGACCUGGUCGAGCGGCGGUGGGCGACGUCGCUGCCUGCUUAAAGCGGCUCGUUGAGGAGGGGUGCGACGUCGGCCGGGGGGCGCUGUUCUGUGCAGCUUUGACGGGCGCAAUGGACGUGCUGACGUGGAUCAGGCGCAAGGCGGAUCCGCAGCUGCAGCUGUGCCAGGCAUCUGGCUGGGACGCCAGCGUUGUAG